CGCUCAAUUCCUUUCACCAAUUGUUCCGAACGGCGACCUUGAUUAUUUCCCUCCAGCAGCAUCUCUUCCGCCGUUCACUUACGCUCUCUAACUACCGAAGCAUUGCAUAUUACAGCGAAAAAAUAAAAAUCACAAUGCUCCGCCGUCCACCGACAACCCUCACCCUCACCGCCGAAGACGUCGCAGCCUACGAGGACGGUCGCUUCGCUGCUGUCGCCGCACAGGCUCAAGCACAUUCUCGUCACAACUCCCGGGCGCCGUCGCAUCAACCACAACCAACAGCAAUGGACACGUCCUCAUCAUCGCCUACCCCAUCCCCACCACAAGCUGCCGAUGAUGAAGACAUGCGGGAUGUCGACGUCGAAGAAGGCGAUGAUGCAAGCGAUUCAUUCAUAACAGAGCCUCGCCGCGCUGCCCGUGAACAGAUCCGUGGACGCGAAACAUCACCCGGUCAAGCACGCGCCGCAUACCUCCAACAAUUACGAGCAGCAAGAAACCAACCCGGCGGUGCUAAUUCUACCACUACUGCGGCGGCUCCCCCAACUCGAAUGCAGCGUAUUACAGGAGCAACCCAACAACCCCCUGCGACGAGAAUAGCAGGUGCAGGUACUACGACACGCGCCGGCGCGAGCCGACAGGGGAGCACCGAACCUUCUGUUGCUCCGCGUAUGAUGACAAGAAGUAGAGAGGAAAGAAUAGGCAUUGCGGGGCCAAAUACGGGGUCAGGGACGGGACAAGCCGCGGGGUCGAGAAGACGGUAAUGCUAAGAAGCGAAGCUACUUACGACGAUAUCGAGCAAACCAAAUUAAGAUACAAGGAUAUCUCGUCGGUUAUUGUCAAUAGUCAAUCAGGAUACAAGAAUGCGUUGGCUAUGCUGAGUAUAUCAAUAGUACAAAGAUCUAAGAUGGAAGUCCAACCACGAAGUUUUCAGCCCUCACUCUUCACCACAACAGCACUCAGUCACUUCUCCCCACCUAACAUUUCAAAAAUGUAGCUCCCCCCAUGCGCCUCUAAUCCCAAUAUCAAAGUACAGCGAAACCCUCAGAUCAAGAUAUGAUUUCUUCCGCCUUACAAGCUUACUAUCGUACAACCGCACUGAACACCAGCGUCCCGCUCUGACGGGGCUGCAUAAUGGCUCUUCUUUGCAAUCGUACCAGAAGCGACUUCUUCACUGCUUAUAAGUCAAGCGUCUACCUACAAAGUAGGUAGGCUGCCUAUUGCAUUGCAGGUUGAUUUAAUGUAGGCGAAGAAUCUAUCUGGUUGGCUGGGCGGUGGAGACUAGGAAAUGAUACUUUCGGAUAUUUAGGGGCGCUGGGGUCUGCUGUGUGAUUUUGUUUGUUAGCGUGAUUGG